GACCUUGAAAAUCGCGGGGCGGCACUCACAGACUUGCGACUCGCAGCAAAGCGAGCCUCAUCAGCCAGCAGCUGGUGUCGGCGCGCCAACAGGCUGAGCUCCUCAACACUCAUGCCAUCCAUGGCAAGGAUGAAUGACUGGGCUUCGACGCGCGCUCGACAAGCGCGUUGUCAUACCAGCACUAUCAUCGUCAACCGGAUCAAGAUCCGCGACUGGCGUCCGGCGACCCCAAUCGACAUCGCCCGAAAGCGCAGGGAACUCAGCAAGCUGAGACUCGGCAAGCCGAGGACUGGCAAAGCCAGGAACACGCCCGGAGGCGGCACGCCGUGA